UUUUCUCUUUGUGGUCGAUGUCACAAUGUUUUGCUUAAACUGAAUCCUGCAAAAACUGAAAAAAAUUUAACAAAUAAAGCAACAGAUAUAAUAAUAGAUAAAGCAACAAAUGUAAUAACAGAUAAAGCAAUAGAUGUAGUAACAAAUAAAGUAAUAAAUAUAGUAAUGGAUAAUGCAAAAGAUGAAUUGACAGAUGUAAUAACGGAUAUAGCAAUGAAUGUAGAAUCUGUAUCAACUGUAGAUGAAUUUUUGUUGUCAAUUCAUAAUAAAAUUAUUAUAUUAACAAAAGAUAAUAGUCUUUUACCAACUGAUUAUAGCAUAGCAUUUAAAACACAGAAAGAAACUGGUGUUGGUACUCAGUUAGCUGAUACUCAAGAUUUUAUAAAAUUUAAAGCUGAAUGUCUAAAGGUAGCUACAAAAAGUAUUGAUAUGGGAGUUUAUGUAACAAUUAUGCAGGCAUCUCAAAUUAAAGAAAAAAAAAAGGAUACUAAAUCGAAUAAUAAUGAUGAUAAGGAUAAUUAUAAAAAUAGCAAUAAAGUUCCAAAUGCAUCAUCUUUGUUAUCACAAGACCAAGCAAUUGCUAAAAAUAAUAAAGGAUUAAGUAUGAUUAAAGACCCUCCAACACAUUCUCUCUUUUCUUAUAACAGAAUAUCAUCCAAAAAAAGAUAUUUACCUAAAUCACCACUACUACAAGAAUCUUUGCCAGUACAAACACCUUUUUCACUACAAACACAUUCACUACCACAAGCAUCUUUGUUGUCUCAAGCAUCAUCAGUUCCAUUAUCACAAGUACAAAGUAAUUAG